AAUUUGCAAAAUGAACUAAAAUGUAAAUUAAAGAAAUUACUUUGAUUAUUAUCAUUUACUUUUUUUUAUUUUUGAGGUUGAGGUCAUUCAUUAACAAUGACUUUUUAACAAAGACAAAAGUUAUUGGUUACUUUUUUAAUCCACUAAAAAUUGUUACAUUUUUCUUUUUAGUUUGUUCAAUUUACUUUGUAAUUUUCUCUUAUAAAAAUAUCCAUCAUUUUUUUAUUCUCGUCUAUAUAUUUUAAUUCCCGUUUAAUGUCAUCUACAGGACCACGCCAUUCAAAUAGUUCCAACAUUUUUUAAUAUUUGUUCAACAUAUAAUUGUAAUAAUUACUUGGAGAUUACCAGCAAAGUCCUUAUAUUUACGCGGGAAGAAAUGAAACUUAGUUAACGUUCAAAAUCAUUCUUCUGGGAGUCACUACCAAUUCUCUUUGCAUCAACUGAGUUAACCUAAAACUGCAGCCACCACAGCCCUGCCGCCGCCUUCUACUGCCGUCUGCCGCCUCCGGCUGUCUCCUCUGCCUGUCCUAGACCUUGCCACCAGCAGUGAGUUGCCUGUCCGGUGCCGGCUUCUGUGUCGCUGUCUGUCUCACAAAACAAAAACCCUAAAAAUCAGAAUUUUGAUUUUUAAAGUGGGUAUGGACAUCAAUGAUGUAGACGAUGAAGAAUUUGGAUUCUCCAGGAAUUACUUCCUGGCAAAAGAAUCUGGCACUUCUGGGAAAAAAUCAGGUAGCAAGCUUUUUGAUAUUGAUCUUGUUUCCGAGGAGGAACUUAGGGCAGCAGUUCAGGAUCUCGAACCAAAACAUGAGAAAGAAGUUGAGGCUCUGAUGAAUAGCUACAGAAGUUCAUAUCAGGAAUGGGUAUUUGAACUGAGGUGCGGGUUUGGCCUUCUGAUGUAUGGAUUUGGAUCAAAGAAAAUGUUACUUGAAGAUUUUGCUUCAACAGCUUUGAAAGAGUACUCGGUGCUUGUUGUCAAUGGUUAUCUUCCAUCAGUAAAUAUUAAACAGGUUCUUAUUGCUGUGGCUGAACUUUUCUGGGAUCAAAUCGAAAUCAAAAGGAAAACAACUGGAAGCUUGUCUAAGGUCGACCAACCAUUCAAUUCUAAAUCCACAGAAGACAUGUUUGCUUUUCUAGAUGGAUCACCAUCAGAGGAACAUGAUUCUUUUGUGUGUGUUCUAAUUCAUAAUAUUGAUGGAACUGGUUUACGGGAUCCAGAGACCCAACAAUUUCUGGCUCAAAUGGCUUCUUGUUCUCAUAUUAGAAUUGUGGCUUCAGUUGAUCAUGUGAACACAUCUUUAUUAUGGGAUAAAAAGAUGGUCCACACACAAUUUAACUGGUGCUACCACCACGUCCCAACGUUUGCACCUUACAAGGCCGAAACAAUGUUCCAUCCUUUGAUUCUUGCACACAGUGGUAGUGGUCAAAAUGCAAAAACAGCUGCUAUAGUUCUACAAAGUUUGACUCCAAAUGCCCAGAGUGUCUUCAAAGUUCUUGCUGAGUAUCAAAUGGCUCAUCCUGAUGAUGAAGGGAUGGUAGUCAACAAUUUAUACACCAUUUGUCGAGAGCGCUUCCUUGUGAGUAGUCAGGUGACUCUGAACUCCCAUCUAACGGAAUUUAAAGAUCACGAGUUAGUCAAGACACGAAAACAUUCCGAUGGCCAGGAUUGCUUGUAUAUCCCCCUCACGAAUGAAGCUAUUGAGAAACUUUUGACCGAAAUCAGUCAAUAGAUUCCUGCCAUAUAUUUGGAUAUUACUUGUUGUAACAUCAGCUUUCAACUGUGAAACUUAAAAGUGGAAAUUAAUCUGAAAUGAGAUAUGAGGAGCUCUACUGCUGCUCUAUUGCAUCCGUUUUUGUUUUGAGAGCACAACUUAUACUUAAGCUACUGUCGAUUAUCAUGCAAGCACUCUGUCACUUUCUUGUUUGCCA